GGUAUCAAAACAUUGUCACUUUUUCACGCAUUCGGGCAAACAUCGUCAAACGGAUCGGCCAUCAAAUUGCCCUCGUUACUUCGAAACAAAGUACACAAUAAUUGAAGAAAAAACAAUAAUCAAUCGAAAGAAAGUAAGUCCGGCCCCACCAUGAGCCAACCGACGGAGGAAAAGAUGGACAUCGAUAACGAGAGCGCCUCGGCCACCGCGAGUACAUCGACUUCAGCUUCUGCAGCGAUGCCACCGACCGCAUCCACCUCGAAAGCGGCAUCACCGCCGGCCGUCUCCGAUAUGGAAGUGGCCAGCGGGUCCAGCGGAAAGCCGGUGCCUGUGCAGCCUGAGGGCAGAAAUGUGAUGGCCAGCAGUGCGACGAUCCCGUCCGUGACCUGUUCGCUACAUCCGCUCGUCAUCAUGAACAUUGCCGACCACUGGACGCGCAAUCGGGCGCAGAAGAGCAGCAGGCCGCUGAUUUUCGGUGCCCUGAUCGGCAAGCAGAAGGGCCGCAAUAUCGAGGUGAUGAAUUCGUUCGAGCUCAAGUACGACAUCGUGAACGAUGCGGUGGUCAUAGCUAUGGAUUAUUAUCAAGUGAAGGAGGAGCAAUAUAAGCAAGUGUUUAGUGAUCUCGACUUUCUUGGAUGGUACACAACCGACACUGUGCCGUCGGAGAAACACAUCAACAUCCACAAGCAAAUAUGCGAAAUCAAUGAGUGUCCGUUGAUGUUGCUGCUGGACCCACUGAACCGUAACAUGAACCUGCCAAUCUCACUGUACGAGUCCGUGAUUGACAUCGUGCAGGGCCAGGCGAUGAUGCUGUUCGUCCCCCUGGUGUACACACUCGCGACGGAGGAAGCGGAACGCAUCGGCGUGGACCAUGUGGCCCGUAUGUCCAACAACGACACCGAUGCCAACUCGACCGUAGCCGAGCAUCUGCUCGCCCAGUACAAUGCGAUAAAGAUGUUAAACUCGCGCGUAAAGAUCAUACUGGCGUACAUUAAGGCGGUCGAGAACGAUCAGCUGAAACCGAACCAGGAGAUCCUUCGCAUGGCCUACUCGCUCAGCCGCCGUCUACCGAUCGUACAGAACCCAUCGUUUAAGGAGGAGUUCUACACGCAAUCGAACGAUGUCGGACUCAUCACGUACCUCGGAGCACUAACGAAGGUGGCGAACGAUAUGAAUCAGCUGGUAAAUAAGUUUAACGUUCUCUACGACCGUCAAGCGAUGGGACGACGCUUGCGAGGCAUUUUCUUCUAA